AUGUCCAAGGACGAUGCUUGUAAAGUGACGUCUGCCAGCAAACACAAGGAGCGCAAGCCUAAGAAGCCUCACUAUAUUCCCCGGCCAUGGGGCAAACCCUACAACUACAAAUGCUUCCAGUGCCCCUUUACCUGCAUGGAAAAGUCCCACCUGUACAACCAUAUGAAGUACAGCCUGUGCAAGAACUCCCUUUCUCUGCUCAUAGAGUCAGACUGGCCAUAUAAAAAGGGCAACAUCCUGCACCCAGAGCAGCUACGGCCCUUUCAGCAGGCACAUGGCCUUCAAGCUACUGGGAAAGAUGGGCUGGAGCAGGUAACAGGGACUGAGGAGAGACAGAGGCAACGAAGGGCUGUGGAGGAGGAAGGUGAGGACAGGGAAAGCCAGGGAGCAGAAGAUGAGGAAGAGGGAGGACGAGGAGAGGGAGUGGAGGUCACUGGGCUGACGAAAGACAGCUCUGGUAACAACAGAGGAGACGCCGCAGAGUGCGCUACCAAGAAAACCAAACAGCCAGAAUCAGAACUUCUGAUGGCUGACAUGCUCUCCCUGGAAGAUCAGCUUUUACGGGCGCGCUCAGUAGAGGUAGAGGCCCAGCUCAAACACUACAAGCUAUCCAAGACAUGUCUAACAGCUCCUGGCCUGCUGUCGGAGCAGUGGCGGUUGUUAGCGUCCAGCCACACUAAGGCAAAAGCUGAAGGAGCUCAGCCCAGAGUGAGUAGUUCAAUCCCCUGUUACCCUCCUCCGCCGAACCUGGUGGAUUACCAGGAUCCCACUGGACUCAACCUGUCCAUGCUCGGGGUGGGUUACCCCAUCAGCCCCAGCCUCUUCUCCUACAUGAACUCAGCCAUUCCCACUGCUGCCGCGGGUGUCAGUGCCCAGACCCAUGCGCAGCUUGCCCAACUUCCCUUUCUGGCAUCGGCCGCUCAACUGAUGCACCCAGCCUCCAGCACCCACACAGACAGAGCUCUAAUCCCCCCUCGUCUCUACUACCCCUUCCUGUGUGAGCACGCAUUCGGAACGGCCUCUAGUCAUAGCGAUGCCAGCAAAGUGCUCAAGACAUCCACAAACAAUCUAGAAGCGAAUCCCCUGUCUGGCUUCCAGCCCAAAGUAAAUCUGUGGAAAGUGCCUGCUUUGCGGCCAGGGACUACCGCAGUCUCCCCUGCUGGCUGGGUAUCACCUCAGAGAGACUCUCCUGACUUGGGGUACAGGUUGGGGGAUAAACUGCAGGCUACAACAAAGGAAGGUAAAGCCAGCUGGGGACUCAAGAGGACAGGGGCCCCACUGGGGAACCACGAGGCACCCGUGGACAAGAAGCCGGCCAUGGGUUUCACUCUGGACUUUCUGAAGAAUAUUCAGACUGCAUCAAAUCUAAAUAUGGCAGCGGACAAACUUCUCUUCCAUGGAAGUUUACAGGAUGCCCAGCUUCAGACCCGGCCCACUGAACUAUGGUACAACAAUCCUCUCACCAGUUCCAACAGUGAAACAUCCUCUCUUUCUACCUGUGGAGGACCCAACAGCCAGGACACAACUGCUGCCCAGAAAAUGGGGGAGGGAGCUUCAGAGUCAGUGGCUGCUCUCCUCAGUGACCUCUCCAAGGCGUUGCAGGAGUACCAGGAGGCUGAGCGCAAAAUCUCCCACCUAGAAAAGGAGGACCUUCCUGCCCAGCGCCACCUCUGGGAACACCUGAGCAAAAUCCGCAGCGAGCUCUCCCACAUCCACCAGGCGCUGGAGCGGACGGCUCGCCAGAGCGACGGGCCUCUCGAUCUGUCAGUCAAGAGGGAUGGCAGCCUUAGAGACAACACGACAGAGACAGAGGAGGAGGACGAGGAGCUGGAGGAUAAAAAGGAGGAAGAAGAGAAUGAGAGCGAGAGGAAGGCGAUGAAGGCUUCACUGGAGAGUCGUAAGCAGUCUUUGGACAUGCUGAUAAAGAUGAGUCAGGCAUCGGUGGUAAACACAGAGGUUCUCUCUCCCGGUGGUCUUGGCAUGAGGCCCAGUUCUGCUGAGGCCUUAUGGCCGAGCAGAGCCACAAAGUGUGAGGCAGACUCCAGCGUUCUGCUCUGCCCCGACGGUCGAUCAGUGGUGUUCACCGACAUCCCCUCCUCUGCCAAAACCCCAAAGAGACCCCCGUCCAUACAGCGACUAGAAGCCCAGUGUCCCCUGAGCCCUUUGACAGCGACUGACAAUUAA